AUGAGAAUUUCCCACUUUACAUAUACUGUGAUUUUCAGCAUUUUCCUGCUUAUAAAUGGGGUUUGUGCAUCUUCAUAUAUAUUGACCUUCAAUGAACCGAGUGGUGAUGUUAUUGUACCAACAUCAUUUAUGGAUGAUUUAAAGAGUAUCAUCAAAGAAUUUGGAGGCAAAGUUACUCACGAAUAUACUUUGAUAAGAGGCUUUACCAUAGAUAUGUCUUCUUCCAACAUAUCUGGUUUGAAGUCGCGUUUAACAACAAUAGGAAAUGAAUUCGGUUAUUCUUUUAAUAUUGAACAAGAUAGUGAUGUGCAUGCAAUUGCUAAUCACUAA